CUCGCAGCGCUUCCCCUUCCCCUUCGCUUCUGACUUGGGUGGAGUUUAUUUAUUUAUUUAUUUAUUUAUUUAUUUUCCUUUCGCUUUCAACCCCGCUCUGCGUUUACGGCCGGCUUCCAGGAAAACCCCGGCGCGGGGGUUCCUCCGCCGGCCUCCACGACUCCGGCGAACCCAUGGCCGAGGGAAAUGCGCUGGGAAAGCUCCGGGAGGAAGCCACCUGCGCCGUCUGCUUGGAUUUCUUCCGCCGGCCCGUCAUGCUCCUGGCCUGCGGCCACAACUUCUGCCGUGCCUGCCUCGCUCGGUGCACCGAGAAGGCCGCCGGGGCCGGAUCCUGCCCCCAGUGCCGCCUGCCUUUCCCCCCCGGCUCCUUCUUCUGCCCCAACCGGCAGCUGGCCAACGUGGUGGCCGUGGUGCGGGAGCUGGCGGCGGAGGAGCAGGAAUUGGGCUGUCGGGACGGGAGCCGAGCUCGUGGCGCCUUCGUCGGGCAUCGCUGCCACCCCUCCGCGCCCCUCGAGGACCGGCAGGAACCCACCCUGUCCUCCUCCACUCCCCCGGAGCCCCUUGGACCCCCCCAGAAAACCCCACGGGAGGACGAGCGAGCUGCCACGCUGCCGACUCCCCCAGGGGGGGCACAGCAGGCGCUGCUGGCGCGAGUGGAUGCCGAGAGGCAGAAGCUGCUGGCGGUGCUGGGGGGGCUGCGGGGGCUCAUGGGCCAGCAGGAGGAGGCCGAGGGCUGGACGCCAGCGUCGCCCCCAGCAGGUACCGGGGGGGUUUCUGUGCGCUGGGCAAAAAAAACAUCACCGAGCACGGCUUUGAGACGCCACUUCUGGGCAUAA